ACACAACUGUUUCAUCAAACCAACAAACAAACACAAAUUAAAGUAGUCGAGAAAAUUAAGAAAGAAACAUGGAAGCAGUGUUCACAACCAACAACGCACUCAUCCGCUUCUCAAAGCCACUCCCUAACGUAUCUUCAAUCUCUCUUCCUAAACCUUCCAUCCUCUUCUUUGCUUCCAACCAUUCAGAUUGUAGAAAUGCAGUAGUUGGAACAAAGUAUACUUCAGCCAAUUGGGCUUAUGCUUCUUCAACAAAAACAAGACCGGGCGUCGUUAGAGCCGCAGAAUCGAUAAGCGAAGGCAUAGACAACGCCAAAAAAGUCGCAGCAGAUGCAACCGAGAAGACAAAGGAAACUGCAAGUUCAAUCGCGGAUAAAACAAAAGAAGGAACAAAUAGUGCUGUAGAGGCAGCAGAGAGUGCUGGAGAGAAGGCAAAAGAUUAUGCUGUAGAGGCACAGGACAAAACCAAAGAAGCAACAGAUUAUGUUGUUGAUAAGACAAAAGAAGGAGUUGAGAUAACAACGGAUAAGGGAGAGGAUGCUGUUGAAUCGGCGAAAGAGGCUCUGAAGAAUGCAGGGGAGAAGGCGGAAGGAGCGUGGGAGGCGACCAAGGAUGAGGCUCAGAAGAUUAAGGAGUCUGUGGUUGGUAAGGAAUAAGGAUAUAUGUUCUUGAAGUGAGGAGGAAGGAUUAUUGAAAUGAAGAAUUAAAAGCUUUGAUUAAUUAGUAUGUAUACUAUAUAUAAUUUUGUGUAUGCAUGCUUCUCAAAAUUAAUUUCAACAUGAAUAUGUUUGUUAACUUGUGCCUCAAGAUAUUUCAUGUUAGGUAGUCUUUUGACAAAAAUAAUAAUCAAGUACAUCACAUAUUUGGAUCAAAGUUUGGAGAUAAAAUCAAUGGAAGUGAAUAAAUUCAACACCAAA